UUGGCGAUCUCGCGCGGCGCGAGACCCGGAACUGCGCCAAAGACAAAGCCCCAAAUUUCACAACAGACAACAAAUGCGACCAGGAUUACAUUCAUCAGGACCAAGAAAUAUCAGGACAACCACAGUGACUUCAAGAUAUAUAAAACGUCGGGUUGACAUUAAAAGGAGUCGACGGCCAGGGUUGUAAUGAGCAGAUAAAAGGGACACCAAACACAGGCAGGAGGGACGCAUUUCAAAAUGGCCUGAGCAGGCCAUCAGUGGAGAGAGAGAGGGACAGCCGGCUAGCUGCACUAUGCUGAAAACUGCCCCAGUCUACCAGCGCUGCCUGCACACGUCAUUACCACCAUGUCCUCGCUGUCUGACCAGAUCUGCCCACACGGUCACUCUGAACCGGACGUCAGGAUGCUGAAUGGGCCCCUCACUGCUAUGCCCAAGUCACACAGCGCUUCCAAGCUCCGACAAGAUCGAGACUUUUGGGCUAAACUUGAGGAGAAGGAGAAGGAAAGAGAGAUCCAAGCUGCCAGACAGAGACUACAGAAAGAUCUGCAGCAAAACAGAGACAUCUACAACCAUGGGUACUUCAAGAUUUCUCCCCCUCAUGGUGUGGUGACCUUUGUUGCAGUGCAAGUGAAAAAUGUGGCAACAAUAUGGGAAAAUAACUCUGCUGACACAGUCAUAAGGGCUAUGAACAGGUACAGUGAUAUUGUACGGCGGGCAACACGAGACUUCCGUGGUUAUGAGGUAGAGGCUGAGGAAGAGUCUUUUUUGAUUGCUUUUCAACAGCCUCUGGAUGCUGUCAACUGGUGCUUGACUGUACAGCUAGCCAUGACAGACACUAAGUGGGAGGAGGAGUUGUUAACCUGUGAUGACUGUAUUCGAGUCUUCAAGUCACGUGAGAACGGCUACGACAUCCCACGGCUCAUCUUCUGUGGGCCACGAUUACAGAUGGGAGUUAGCAAGGGCAGAGUAGACAGUGUGUACCACUAUGCCAGCGGACACAUGGGCUACCGAGGGACAGAGGUGUACAGGACUCAGGGAAUCUGCCGGCUGGCUCAGGGAGGACAGAUUCUGAUCAAUGAGUCAUUAUGGCAGGAUCUACCUAAGGACCAGAUAGCCCCCUAUGUCCACAGGGAAGUCGGCAGCUUCAAACUAGAGGGUUUUGACAACUUGACUUCACUCACAGAGGUGUUACCUCGUACCUUAGAGGAGCGAGCGAGGUGGUUUGGCAUUAUCUGCGCCGAGUGUAACAAACUCAUCAAACCUAAGGAAGGCUAUGUCAAGGCACUGGGCAGUAACUGGCACACAGACCACUUCAGGUGCUGGCAGUGUAAAAAGGUGCUGAAUGGAACAUACAUAGUCAAGGAUCAAAAGCCUUAUUGUGAGGAGGAUUUCUUCCAGUACAAUGCGCCUCGCUGUCGAUCAUGCAGCAACCCCAUCACAGGGGGUUUCAUAGAGGCCAUAGAGAGUACCUGGCACCCAGACUGCUUUGUGUGUCAGAGAUGUCACAAAGCCCCAACAAAAGAUGACAACAUCUUUGAAUUCAAUGCUCUGCCAUACUGCACCAAGUGUUACAACACAGUAACCAACGGGACAACGUAACAAAGUGUUGCAGGUCAUAGUCUAGCAGCAACUCUAGUACAUGUAGUUUUCCAUCAUUGUUGAGCUGUGAACCUUCCAGUAUUGUAAACACAACUAACGUUACAGUUCUGCCAUUUUCACAACUUCCUGUGAACAACCCCCUGAAUCUCUUUUUUAUGUGGUACAUUCCAACAUGACUCAAAGGCUGAUUGGUUGAUGCUCUAAUGCUCAUGGGAGGUCUGCACUGGUGAUGUCAAAAGGAAUUUCAGUCUUAAGAGUUUGACCUUUCCUAUUUGGCUUCAUAUAGCUCUUUAUCCACGGGGUAACCUAUAUUCAUUCAAUUAAGUAAAUGGAUGGUGCAUUUUGAAAAUAUUGCAAUUUAAAACCAACAUUUGUUGACUUCAAAUGAACCAACAUCCUGUUUUUUAAAAAACAGCAGAAUAUAGGUUACCCCAGAGAUAAAGGCGACUUCACAUGUCAUGCACACUAAUAAUAAGACAUUUCCCCUUGUGGGGGAAGCGGAUUAUAAGGAAAAGGAUUGACCCUCUUAAAGGGUUGCAUAGCCAGACCUACAGUGUAUUCGUGCAUAAUAUGUAGCUUAUAUCAAUUGCUGAGAUGAUGGACUGUCAACAACAGCAACAUAUGCUGGCAAUGCCAUCUAGCAGUCUGUUGCAAUACUGCAGGACAAUGGUACAGGCAUGCUGAUGGAGGGCUACAUGCAUUGGCUACAUCCCAAUUUCUGUCGACAUUGGGAACUGUGCUAAAUGUGAUUUUAGAGUAUGACAGAUUAUUGUCUGCACUAAAAGUUGUUACAAAUAAAAGUUGAUGUUGAAUAUGAUAGCCUCACAUGCAUGAAGAGAGACUUUGAUGUGCUUCGGCCACACUUGCUUAAUUCUAUGGAUGAAAUUCACGUACAUAUUGAUUUUCGCCUGGUCCAAAAAAAUACUUUGGCCACAUAUUACCUCAUAUCAAUCAGAAUGUCAUGCUUACUCAAGGACCUGCUGUCCAGGGCAGGGGCCACAGCACCCUUGUUGAAGUUGUUCCCUCUUUAAACAAGAAUGGCAAUACAAACAUGGUUGAAAUGGCAACGAUUGUCUCUUACAGUCUUACUGGAGGUGAACAUAAGAACAAACCAAGCCUGCGGAAGAAUGGUCUGGAUGUGUAGUCCUGUGGUUUAGAUUUUUGCCGGAUUUUCAUUUUUUGGGCCCAAUUUUGGGGUGUUCAGAGGAUGCCAUCCAUUAAAUGAAGUCAGUGUGGUCUUCCCAUGACUUACAAGUCUGUCUUCAAAGGUAGGCCAGGUACUUUACGAACAGUAUUAUCAAGCUGUAGACUUUUGCAAUGGAUAGAAAAAUCAAUUUAUUUUAGUCAUAGUAAUAUUUAUAUAUGUGCUAAACCCGGGUUUUGAAUGCAUCACUGAUAUUCCUUGUUAGUCUAGGGUUGAAUUUUAAUUUUUUUUAGGUUUGUGCCAGUAAUGCAGCAAAACAAUUUCCCUUGCGUUCUAGCCAAGACUAAAGUCUAAAAAAAAGUCAAAAAUUGACUGCUGUUGUAUAAUAAACAGUGUUGAAUCUGACAAUUUUGUCCUUGACUAAGUCUAGAUUCUCAUUGACUUGUAUGUACAAAAUCUUUUCCUGCAAUAGUAUCUUACAAUUUAGGUACGUUACACCAAGGCCACUUAAACUUGGUUUACUGUAUGUCAUAUAUUUCAAGCUAGAAAGCAAAUAAUUACAUGUAACCAGGUCUUGAUGUUUCAAAAGUUUUAGUACUACUUUACUUUGUAUUUUUGCUGUUUAAUCAAAAGACCAUAGAUAUUCCCAGAAAAGGAACCAAGUGCUUAGAUAGUUUUCUAGUGAUAUAAAGUUAGAAGUAAGUUUCAAUGUAUUGAUGAGAUGUUUGUAAUACUUUAAAGAUGCAUACUCUCUGUCAGUUAAUAAAGGUGUUAUUUUCAUGGAAUUUCAUCGAUCUGUUAUUUCAUCCAUCUAAUAAAGCAAUAUAUUUGCAAGUGUGUAAACCUUGUGUAUGGAAUAAAGUCUCUGGCCACUUCAA